CAGAAACGGCAGUCCCAGCGAAGGCAAAAGCUCUUGCCACGCCAAAAGCAUUUAGUUUCUUCAGGACCGGUGGUGAAUGGAUUGUGAAGUCCAAUGAAGUCCACGUUGGUCAUAAGCCUGGAUUUUGUCGCCUCGAUUGCCUCAGCUGACCCUACCAGAAGCCCAGUCAAAGGGGCGGCCCCGCACCUCUCAGGGAGUUGAUAUGCAAAAUAGUUACGUCAGAUGAUGGGGGCGGGGCGCGCCCGGGUUGAGUGGCAGCAGCUUUUGCUGUGGGAGGAGGCGCGAGAAUCAGCCUGGUUCAGUGACUGAGACAAACUGGAGGUGAGAGGAGCUGGUGCUGUCCACUGGGCUGUCGGUGCUGAACCUGGGACGCGAGCGGACGGGGUGCUUCAGCACCUCGAGGCAACGCCCUCUUGCACUCUCUGUGCCCUGCGGGACCCGCUUCACCAGCAGGACCAUAUCAACUUGACAAAGGAGUGUGGUAUCGGACGUGGGAGAGAGUCCUCUUUUUGCCACCUGGGCGCCCAUUCAAGCGUGACUUUGGAGAUUUCUAUAGUUUUAGACCAAACUAUUUUCCUCUUUUCCCAGCUAAAACAAUCUUUUAGGUUUUUUUUUUUUUUUUUUUUUUAACUAUUAUUAUUACUGUGAUUUCUAUACCUACACCAUUUAAGAAUCUUUCUGGGAGACUUUUUUGACUCUUAAAAUAAGGUGGAAAGCAAUAAGAAUGUUUAAGUGCUGGUCAGCUGUUUUGGUUCUUGGAUUCAUUUUUCUGGAGUCAGAAGGAAGGCCAACCAAAGAAGCAGGAUAUGGCCUUAAAUCCUACCAACCUCUAAUAAGAUUGCGACACAAGCAGGAGAAGAGUCAAGAAAGUUCAAGAAUCAAAGGAUUCCUGAUUCAGGAUGUCCCUUUGGGGUCUUGUGAAAAUAAAUACUGUGGUUUGGGAAGGCACUGUGUCAUCGGCAGAGAGACAGGGCAAGCAGAAUGUGCCUGUAUGGACCUUUGUAAACGUCACUACAAACCUGUGUGUGGAUCUGAUGGGCAAUUUUACGAAAACCACUGCGAAGUGCAUAGAGCUGCUUGCCUGAAAAAGCAAAAGAUUACCAUUGUUCACAAUGAAGACUGCUUCUUUAAAGGAAAUAACUGCAAGACCACUGAAUACAACAAGAUGAAAAGCAUGCUUUUAGAUUUACAAAAUCAAAAAUAUAUUACACAAGAAAAUGAAAACCCUAACGGUGAUGACCUGUCUUGGAAGAAGUCGUUGGUGGAUCAAAUGUUUAAAUCUUUUGAUGCCGACAGUAACGGACUUGUAGAUAUUAAUGAACUAACUCAGGUGAUAAAACAGGAAGAACUUGGCAAGGAUCUUUCUGAUUGUACUUUGUAUGAUCUACUGAAAUACGAUGAUUUUAACUCUGACAAGCACCUGGCUCUUGAAGAAUUUUAUAGAACAUUCCAGGUUAUCCAGUUGAGUCUGCCUGAAGAUCAGAAACUAAGCAUUACAGCAGCAACCGUGGGACAAAGUGCUGUUCUGAGCUGUGCCAUUCAGGGGGCACUGAGACCCCCCAUCAUCUGGAAAAGGAACAAUAUUAUUCUAAAUAAUUUAGAUUUGGAAGACAUCAAUGACUUUGGAGAUGAUGGGUCCUUGUAUAUUACUAAGGUUACCACAACUCACAUGGGCAAUUACACCUGCUAUGCAGAUGGUUAUGAACAAGUCUUUCAGACUCACAUCUUCCAAGUAAAUGUCCCUCCAGUGAUCCGGGUGUAUCCAGAGAGUCAGGCUCGAGAACCUGGGGUAACUGCAAGUCUCAGGUGCCAUGCAGAGGGCAUACCAAACCCUCAGCUUGGCUGGCUGAAGAAUGGAAUCGAUAUUACACCAAAGCUGUCCAAACAACUCACACUUCAAGCAAAUGGCAGCGAGGUUCAUAUAAGCAAUGUGCGCUAUGAAGAUACAGGAGCAUACACUUGUAUCGCAAAGAAUGAAGCAGGAGUGGAUGAAGACAUCUCUUCUCUUUUCGUGGAAGAUUCUGCCAGAAAGACCCUAGCUAACAUAUUAUGGAGAGAAGAAGAAAAAGAAAAAGGAAAACACAUCUCUUGUGAGUGUAGAGAAGAGGAACUCAUAGAUGCCUCUAAAGGUCUGGGAAUUGGGAACAUGUUCUAUGUUUUUUAUGAAGAUGGAAUCAAAGUGAUACAACCCAUAGAAUGUGAAUUUCAGAGGCACAUUAAGCCUAGUGAAAAGCUCCUUGGAUUUCAGGAUGAAGUAUGUCCCAAAGCUGAAGGAGAUGAAAUUCAGAGGUGUGUGUGGGCCUCAGCUGUUAAUGUCAAAGACAAGUUCAUUUAUGUUGCACAGCCAACUUUGGACAGAGUCCUUAUCGUUGAUGUGCAGUCCCAAAAAGUUGUUCAGGCAGUAAGCACAGACCCUGUGCCAGUUAAAUUACACUACGACAAAUCACAUGACCAGGUAUGGGUGUUAAGCUGGGGUACCAUGGAAAAGACUUCUCCAACAUUGCAAGUAAUAACCCUGGCCAGUGGGAAUGUUCCCCACCACACUAUUCACACCCAGCCUGUGGGAAAGCAGUUUGACCGAGUGGAUGAUUUUUUUAUCCCCAUGACAACACUCAUCAUCACACAUAUGAGGUUUGGAUUUAUUCUUCACAAAGAUGAAGCUGCAUUACAAAAAAUUGAUCUUGAAACCAUGUCAUACAUCAAGACAAUUAACUUGAUGGACUAUAAGUGCAUUCCUCAGUCAUUGGCAUAUACACACUUGGGAGGAUACUACUUUAUUGGCUGCAAACCUGACAGCACUGGGGCAAUUCCACCACAGCUUAUGGUGGACAGUGUAACCGACUCAGUCAUUGGAUUCAAUAGCGAUGUGACGGGCACUCCAUAUGUCUCUCCAGAUGGGCACUAUCUUGUCAGCAUUAAUGAUGUGAGAGGUCUUGUAAGGGUCCAGUACAUUACCAUCCGAGGAGAAAUACAGGAGGCUUUUGAUAUUCACACAAAUCUGCACAUAUCUGAUCUGGCAUUUCAGCCAUCCUUUACUGAAGCUCACCAAUACAACAUUUAUGGUAGUUCAAGCACACAAACUGAUGUGCUCUUUGUGGAGCUCUCCUCUGGGAAGGUUAAGAUGAUAAAGAGUCUUAAGGAACCACUCAAGGCAGAAGAAUGGCCUUGGAACCAGAAGAACAGGCAAAUCCAGGACAGUGGCUUGUUUGGUCAGUACCUGAUGACACCUUCCAAGGACUCUCUCUUUAUACUAGAUGGACGACUCAAUAAGUUAAACUGUGAGAUCACUGAAGUUGAGAAAGGAAAUACAGUCAUUUGGGUUGGAGAUGCCUAGAAGCCCUAUUAGAUAAUUAUUGAAUGAAGAGUUUUCCAGUACAUUGCACUUACCCAUUGUUUAAAUUUACAGCUUAACUUUUCAAGAUCACACCCUAGUCAAACAUAAGUUACUUGAUAGACCCAAAUCAAACAGAUUUUUUCUUUUGCAAAGAUGAACACAAUUAGUAAUAUUGGUUGACUGGAAAUAUUUAACACGACAUUUAAUAAAAAAACUAGAUCACAAGAUUCAAAUCUAUAAUUACAUUCAAGCUAACAAAGUAGAAAUUUAAACAAUUAAAAAAUAACUGCAGGGAAUUUCAGAUGACUUUAAGCAUUUCAUUUUGGAAGUGGUUUAUCUAUUAUUUUUUCUCUGUCUUUUGGUAUGCUUAAACUAGAAAUAGAAAGGUUUUGUGGAACCUUAAAAUUCUUACUUCAAAAUAUUCUGUCCCAUCCACUGUUUAUAAUCUUUUGUGCCUUGAAGGGAAUGUCACAAGAGGAAAAGGUAGGCUGAAAGCUGCAUACUGAACACCCUCAUAACUACAAAUCUUUUGUCAUUAAAAGAGAAAAGUUUAACAUCUCUUACACCAAAUCCUGUCUUCAGCAUUGGUUUAAACCUCAACGAAAUAUCAUUUGAAGGCAUAAGUUGGACUUAGGUCGUACACCAGUGACAAACUCUAUUUAAUACUUACUAUAUGGUCUGCAGCAUGCUAUGGAAAAUGAGGAAGAAAGGAGGAAAAAUAAUUAUGAAAAAAUGUUUGCAAUGUAUUCUCUAUUCAUUUUGCUUUUAAUCAUUGGAGUGCAUUGUAUUUUUAAUGCAAGUUUGUCUGGGAUGUCAACUGCUUACAAAUGUUUAUUAUUAGCAGAAUCGAUUCCUUUCUUUUCAUGUAGUCCAGAAUUGAAUCAGCAGGAACUUUCAGUUUUAAAAAAGUAGUACCAUUUGUAUCUGCUUAGAGUAAACCUCAUAUGGGGAAAUUAACACCAAGAACUGAUGAAUAUUAGCGGGUUAGGAGAAUUAGUAGCAGAACUUGGAAAUAAGGGGAUAGCUCCACAGUGGUGAGUAAAGACAUACUUCACUAUUGCCUUGGCAAUUUAAAUAUAACUCAUCAAAGAACUUCAUUCCUUAAGAACUUUCCUAAAUAACUUCUGCUCAACUCCUACAUAAUCCUUAAAUGACCCCCUCAUUAACUGUGUGCUAUGGUUUGAAACCUAACUAAUCCUCUUAUUUGAGAAACUGUAGAGAAGUAAAAAUUAUUGCUUCUUUUUUUUUUUAAGGGCAAAUAAAAGGCCAGUAGACGUGGAUUAAAACUAGAAAGUUGGUUUACUGAAAUAAGCAGAUAAUUAUCUAGGCUUAAAGUAAUAGCUUACUUGUUUGGAGAAUCUUUUUACUUAUUUUUUUUAAUUGUUGCUAAAAAUGCUAAUGGGCUGUUGAAAUGACCUCCGUUUACUGAAGGUAAUCCAAUAAGGUCUUUUUUAAAUACAAAUUUUACUCAAGUUUAAAUUGUAUAAAACUGCUUAGAAACCUGAAAUUUUAUAGUGUGUAAUAUCUUAUGUAUAUAUAGCAUCCUGAGCUGUGUGAUACAGUAGAUUUCUUCUUAGCUUAAGGAAACAUUAUGGGAGGUAGAUUUAAUAAACAACAAAGAUCAGCUUAUGUUUCUACUUACCUGCUUUCCUUUUUAGCGAUUUUCUUCCUUGUGAACAUGAACCAUAUAAAGUGUCUAAUGAUUUAAUGUAAGUCUGUCUCAUACAUCCUUCUUCAGUAGCUUACACCAUGUGGAUGCUCUGUCUGUAGACAUUGCUUGAUAAAAGGAGAAUAAACCUCUUAAAUUUUAA